AUGGAAGAUAUUGCUGAAAGCAGUUCAGAAUUGAGUCCGAUAGAUGUUGUUGAAAAUGGAGAAUUGGAAGGGAACAAUGUCGAUGAAAACGGGUUGGAGACUAUUCAUGAACAGGAGUUUAGAGAUAGUGCUAGGUCUUCCAGUGGUGUUGCAAGUGGAAGUAUCAAUGGAGAUGAGAAACCAGAACUUUCUGAUGUUUUUGACAUGGUUUGUAUUUAGCUACAAUGCACCUUGUUUAUUACUAUUAACUUAUUACUACGUUUCCAUCACAGCAGAACAGUCACUGAUGCAAAUAUUAAUCCCUAAUUAAUAUUUUCAUGUGAAAGUUUGAUAUGCUUGUCAAGAGAAUUUGACAGGUUCAAUUUGAUCAAGCGUUUAAUUUAUCUAGCAUUAUUAAUUCCACAUUCAGUUCCAAACAUUGUAAUCCAUGUGAGAAAUGAGAAUGACAGAAUAAUCAAUAUUUUUAGCUGCAACAAUUAUGCAAACAACAGUAGAUUUUUAUACCUGCAUAUAAACACCUGACAAUUUUACUCAUGACGAGGAUACUCUUGUGCAAUUAUUAAUGUUAAACUAGGAGUUAUUAUCAAAAGGAAAUUGCUGCCUCAGUCUCAAUGCUCUCCAACAGAUUUGCAAUAAUAUAAAAUGCAAGCAGUUUUAGGAAUAUACUCUGUGCUUGGCGGCAACAAGAGUACAGGUCACACUGUUAAACAUUUUAUGCCAGGUAAUUGCUUAUAUAUAGUAGUGGAUUCACUUUGCAAUUUCCAUUUUGACAAAUAGAAAUUGCAAAUUGAACAUUUCUAAGGGGGAACUGGAUACAGCCUUUUGCUUUCUGGCUGGAUACUGGAUAGUUGAAAGUAUCAGCUGAGGUCAAUAUCUGGCUAGAUUAUCUGGCCAGAUAUUGUCCAUAUAAGGUUUGAGCCUCAUUAAAUGUUAACCCAUUAAGUUGUGCAUUGUGUCCUAAUUCACCCUACUUUAUUAUUUUAUUCUUUCAAACAGCCCUUGAAAAUGAGGUCGGCAUUCGAUCGGCAAUGCCAAUUUAAUUCCCGACCUAUCAACCUCCCAGGUCGGCAUUUUUUUGCCGACCUCAAUUUUGACGGUUUUCGAGGGCUGGUCAAAUGAUGAUUAUACUCAUUUGACUAAUCAGUCAUUCAUUCAUUUCAACAGCCAUCUAACCAAUCAGUCCCUCUCUAACAAUUAAGUGCUUCUCUUAAAUUUAGAAAAGGAAAUUUACUGAGCCCUUCCCACUUAAUUAAUUAUGAAAGGGUAGGGGUGCAAUGAAUCACACUCCUUGGGUUUGUUAGGCUUGUGGUGGCAUAUGAUCAUUUUUUUUUCAUUUCGAAUGCACUGGAAUUCCAAAUCCACAGAGUCUUAAAAGCCAUUUAUUUGUUGCUAUUGAAUAAACAUGGUAUAAGAAUAGCCAAUGAUUUUCAGAAAAUCAGAGUGCAGGUGAUGGACGUACCUUCUACUUUUAGAAAGUCUCUUAUUCUUCACAACUUUUAUUGAAUUAUAUAAUUUAUAGUGUAGGGUUUUCAAAAUUAUAUUUUGCAUUGCAGCUUAAUUGAGGGUGCAAUAAUUAACAAUUAUUGAAUGAGGUUGAGCAUGAUAUGAAGAAUUAAUAUCAAUUAAACCAGAAGUUUGUGUUAUACUGAUAACUGCAUUCAAGAAUUGUUUUAUUAGUUAUUUAAAGAUGAAAAAGACACCCGCACCUGUGGGUAUAAUGACCAGUUUUCCCCCCAAAUCUUUCAUUUUUUCUUUCGUAAGUACCUUAACUUAAAGAUAUGUUUUAAAACCUUUCGUGGCUGUUUUGGUUUUAAAAUAUAUUUCUUGAUUAUAUUUUUCAAAGUUGUUUCCUCCAAACAUGCAAUUUGCUGCGAACAAAGGUGAUACUAUAUUAUUAUACUGUUAAUUGCAGGUCAUGCAGCUUAGCUGCUACAUUUCAUUUUUAUAUAAUUUUAACACCUUCUAAAUGUUGAAAAUAAGAUUUUAAUUUUAUUAACAGAUUCCCUUAUUGAAAAAGAGGGUGACGUUAAGUCAACUUAAAACAGAUAUGUGGACAACUGAACAUAAUGAAGUGAUCAUCAAAUUUUUGAGAAAUACAAACUUGACAGUUCUCAUUGCAUAUGUGGAUCCAAAUACUGGUUUUCACAUUAAUACUCAGGCUCCAGCUUAUAAAAUGGAAGAAAUGUCGUAUUUAAUAAGACAACAAGGGGUGAAGCUAACUACAGAAAAUAUCGGCAAGAAGUUACAAUUUGGUACCAUCAAAGGAAAUCAUAUUGAGAGUCUGCUAAGAAUCAUGACAAAUGUUUAUGCACCGUUAAUUUUUGGAAAUAAGUCGUGGCCAGUCAGUAUCCUUUUAUUGAUAGCUUUUAAUUCCGACUUGGAAGCAUGCAGAGUGCAAAUUUUGAAUUAA